CGGUCAUCCCUGUCCAGCCACAUCUGUCAUCCGUUGCGAAGAAAAUAGAAAAUACAGAAAUCCACCAAGAUGGUGAUUAUUAUUUAGCGAAAAUAGUUGACCCGCGAUUUUGGUCCGCUUAUCGAGUGUUGUUUGCGUUUCGAAAGACAUCCGUGCGUGCAAAAUUAUCUAGUGAUAUUAAUGAAGAAUUCGGUGUUCGAAAUCGGUGCGAGUUUGGGGUGGAAAUUGUUGCGUUGAUGAUUCGGUAACCGAGAUUUCCCUGUUGAUUACCUUGAAUUCACGUUCGUGCGCAGAGGCGAAAGAGAUCAGCGAAAAUAUUCCUUUAUAUCUAUUGUUGAUGCCUAGGAUUAGUUUCUACAGUGGUGACGCAAAAAACAACCAGCCGAAGCAACAGCAAUUUAAACACGGCAUUAACAAGAAGUGGUGUGUUCGGAACGAACAGUUAGUUUAGUGCAAAGUGGAGGGGGAAGAAACUAUGUCGGACGAUUCGUCCCCUUUAUGCCAGCAAAAGCAACCGGAGGAAGACGGAAACAAAUCGAAAGAUGAAUCACAACCUGAUGUGUCCCAGAACCAGAACCAACAGCCACAGGCAUCGAAGUGGAUUUGCGAGUAUUGCACCUACGAGAAUUUCCCACUGUCGCUGAAGUGCACCAUGUGCAAGGGGCAGAAACCCCUGUUGAAUGAGGAUAUUUUUAGAUUGAGUCCUACGCAGCAGUUGAGUACAACGAAAAAGUCAACUUCAAACCUAGCCAGCGGAUCGUCGGCUAUUUCUCCUUCAAACGAUGGUGACAGUACUCUAAAAUGGUUCUGCAAUACUUGUACCUACCUCAACCUAUCUCAUGCUCGUCGCUGUCUACAAUGCAACCGUAAACGGGAAGAUGAAGUUCUGAUCAAACAGUUAGGCCAGCAGAAGUCCUUACCCGAGAAGCCUACAGCCUCAAAGGUUAUUUCCGAAUACGAUAGUCUUAGUGACCAACUGAACGCUCUCAAUAUAAGUCGAAGUACUGGCGAAGAAGAAUUUCUCGACCUGUUUCACCCGGGAAUCGACAAAAGUCGGAAACGACGAAAUAACUCACCUAUCAAUAAAGGAUCCACUGCUUCAGAGCGACCCGCAGAUGGCCUGAAAGACAGUGAUAGUGGAGGGGCCAAACAUCAGUCACCGACAUCGAUUUCUCCAGUGAACACUUGUCCUCGCGCUUCUACCACUGCUGGCAAAUGGUCUUGCUCAGUUUGUACUUACGAAAAUUGGCCAAAAGCAUUGAAAUGUUCAAUGUGCUUACAUCCGCGAGAAACCAACAGUGGUCGUAAUAGUCAGGCUUCCGCCAAACAUUCACCCGAACACGAUGAGAAUGUGGCCAGCAACAUAGUGGUUAACAAUAAACGUAAUCAACAGUUGGCUCGCGAACAAGAACCAAUGAACAAUCUGGACGUAUAUCAACAGGAACGAUAUAUGCGUCAACUUAGGCGGCAGCCAGAUUGGCAGUGGCUCAAUGCUUGUAUUGGGAUAGCGGAGAACAACGUGGGGGCAGUGGAAAGCUAUUUAAGUUGCGGAGGAGAUGCGGGUAGAGCUCUUACCCCUGCCGAAGUUAGUCUGUUAAAUCACAACAAUAUUGCUUUCGAUGUUGGUCACACCCUGAUCCAUCUUGCUAUUCGAUUUCAUCGCGAUGAAAUGUUACCGCUGCUUUUGGCUCAAAUCUCAGGUUCAGGUCCAGGUAUCAAAAGGGUACCAUCCUACGUUGCUCCUGACCUAGCAAGUGACAUUCGUCGUCAUUUUGCCCACUUGUUGCGAAUUCGAAAAGCGUCCUUUAGUUGCCAGUAUGUGACCGAACAUGCUACAUUUUCGCUGCCAGCCGACAUCGAAGAACUUCCACUGGCCCUUCAGGAGCAGUUGUACGAAGAACUGCUCGAUCGGGAUGCUCAGAAGCAACUGGAGAUGCCACCGCCUGCUCUGAACUGGUCACUGGAGAUUACCGAACGAUUGGGUUCACGUUUGAUGGUGCUGUGGAAUCGGAGUGCCGGCGAUUGCUUGCUUGAUUCGGCCAUGCAGGCGACGUGGGGCGUAUUUGAUCGUGAUAAUACUUUAAGGAGGGCUCUGGCUGAUAGCUUACAUCAGUGCGGUCAUUUUUUCUAUCCUCGCUGGAAGGAGAACGAAGUAAUCCAGGCUGCGCUACUGCACUACACGUUAGCUGAAACGCAAUUGGAGGAGGAUUGGAGUACUCUUCUAUCGCUUGCCAGUCAUCCAGGAUCCUCACUCGAGCAGUUGCACAUAUUUGUACUUGCACAUAUUCUGCGCCGGCCUAUAAUCGUUUACGGAGUAAAAUACGUUAAAAGUUUCCGCGGCGAAGACAUCGGUUAUGCUCGCUUCGAGGGGGUUUAUCUACCGUUACUUUGGGAGCAAAGCUUCUGCAUAACUUCUCCGAUCGCUCUCGGCUAUACCAGAGGUCAUUUCAGUGCGCUAGUACCAACGGAACCGUACUCGCGAAUAGAUGCAGCUCGGGACGAUAGAGAAGACAUUACUUUUUUGCCACUUAUGGAUUGCGAGAUGAAGCUUUUGCCUAUCCAUUUUCUAAAUAAUAGCGAGAUCGGUCGGGAAGAGGCUAUUAUGCGUCAAUGGCUAGAUAUCUGCGAAACUGAAGGGUUAUUAGUAGCACAGCAGAAAUUGCAUAAACGUCCACUGUUAGUCGCUCAAAUGCUUGAGGAAUGGCUUAAUCACUACCGGAGAAUAGCUAUCUCAAGACUUUUUUAAUCUUCGAAACCGCUUGCUGGGAGAUUUUAAGAAUGAUUCAUUUUAACCGUAGAGCAGAGAUACGACACGACAAAUUCCUGUUGAGUAAAACAACUAUAGCUGGAAAAUAUCCAAAACUCGGGCUUUGAAAUAAUCUACGAAAAUAGCAGUUUCACAUUUGCAUCGAAAGUCAAUUAUUGUAAUGUUAAAAAAAACUACAGCAAAAAUCAAAACCGUAUCAUAAAUCGAUUAUUCGCUUUAUUCUGCACAAAUGCUGUUAUACCUACUAGCAAUGAAUCCACUGACGACGGUGUCUAAACGAUACCGGAUGGACGUCCCAAAAUCUCGGAUGCUAUAAGACCAAUAUCGUAACCCUAUACAGUUUCCCACCAAUCCUAUAAAGCAGUGUAGCACACAGUAGUUGUUUGCGAGAAUUGAUAACUAAGCGAUGCACUAAGUACUUUACAAUUUGAAAAAUUGCUAAAUACCAUGCCAACUAAUCAAGAUAGAUCCAAUCUAUUAACUCGAACACUACAGCUCUGUUAUGUUUGUUAAGUUUUAUGGAAUUUAAAACUACUCUGGGUUUCUACUUUGGUGUGUACAUAUUUUCGUUCAAUCGAAUUUUUAAGUGAGUUAUCUAUAUACAUAAAUGACGCAAAUAAAUUAUUUUCAAAACUCA